AGGUGGGGAAAAUGUGAACCGCACGUUUGUGAAAGCUGUAGUAAAUGCUUUAGACUGUUCUGGCAAAAAAGACUCCAAAUAAGCAUUUGUUUGCAGUGCAGUACUUGGAAUCUGACUUUAUUUGAUGACUGAGGAUCUAUCCCCAGUCAUAUGCAAAUAACAAGACAUCGGUUGCCUCAAACGCUGGGCACAGUGCCCCCUGCACACAGCUCCUGACUUUGCUCAGAGACCUUCCUCCCAGUGUGAACUCAUUACAGGAUUCUGGCACGUCACACGAGAAGUCAUUUCAAAACACGGUGGUCUCUCUGCAGGAGGACACAGCGCUCUGUUCCCAUGUCGCCAGCAUUGAAGGACUGACUUAUUCCACCAGCUUGUGCCACUUACUGCUCCCGCCAUGGGACCCUCCGGGAGCAUGCUGAGCGAGGGACAAAUGCAGAUCGUCCUGUGGGGGAGUUUGGCGGCCGUUGCCACUUUCUUCCUCAUCGCCUUCCUCAUCUUUCUGUGCUCCAGCUGUGACAGAGAAAAGAAGCCGAGACAGCACAGCGGGGACCACGAGAACCUGAUGAACGUGCCUUCGGACAAGGAGAUGUUCAGCCGCUCAGUUACUAGCCUGGCCACGGAUGCGCUCGCCAGCAGCGAACAGAACGGGGCUCUCACCAAUGGUGACAUUCUUUCAGAAGACAGUACUUUGACCUGCAUGCAACAUUACGAGGAAGUCCAGACCUCGGCUUCGGAUCUCUUGGACUCCCAGGACAGCACAGGCAAGCCAAAAUGUCAUCAGAGCCGGGAACUGCCCAGAAUUCCUCCGGAUAGCGCGGUGGACACGAUGCUCAAUGAGAGAGGUGUGGAUGGGGACCAGGCUCUCGGGAUGGAAGGACCGUAUGAAGUGCUCAAGGAUAGUUCCUCCCAAGAAAACAUGGUGGAGGACUGUUUGUAUGAAACAGUGAAAGAAAUUAAGGAGGUGGCCGCCGCCGCAAACCCGGGUAAAGGCCACAGCAGCAGGUCCAAGUCAACUUCCGCUUUGAAAGAGCUUCCAGGGCCCCAGAUCGAUGGCAAAGCGGACUUUGCUGAAUACGCCUCGGUGGACAGAAACAAGAAGUGUCGACAGAGUGUGAAUGCAGAGAGUAUUCUUGGAAAUGCAUGUGAUCCAGAAGAGGAGGCCCCACCGCCUGUACCUGUCAAACUCCUGGAUGAAAAUGAAAACCUUCAGAAGGAAGAGAAAAAGGCAGGAGAAGAAGGAGCCAUGGACGGGACUGGUGAAACCAGCAAGAGAUUUAGCUGCUUGUCGUACAAGUCCCGGGAAGAAGACCCCACUCUCACAGAAGAAGAGAUCUCGGCUAUGUAUUCAUCAGUAAAUAAACCUGGACAGUCAGGGAAUAAAUCAGGACAGUUGCUUAAAGCGCCAGAGUCCACGUACACCUCCAUCCAAGGAGCUGCUCAGAGGUCGCCCUCUUCCUGCAAUGAUCUCUAUGCUACUGUGAAAGACUUUGAGAAAACUCCCAACAGCAUCAGUACGCUUCCACCGGCGGGGAGACCCGGCGAGGAGCCUGAACCUGACUACGAAGCAAUACAGACUCUAAACAGAGAAGAGGAAAAGGCCAACCUGGAGCCCAAUGGCCACCCUGGUCGUUUCCCAAAGGAGAAUGACUACGAGAGCAUUGGCGACCUACAGCAGGGCAGAGAUAUCACCAGGCUCUAGGAACGCAGAAGACAGCUCCAGAUAUCACAUGACCAGCCCGUUGGGGACAUUUCUUCUGUGGAAGCUAAGAAGCGACAUCAGCCUACACUUUAUAUGCUGCUUUAGUAAACUGAAGACAACUGAGCUGAAGAUUUGGUGACUGUUUCCCAGCUUCAGAAACACUGCGGUACACACCUGCCUGCACGCAAGUGUUGCCCCUGCCUGGUGGGGGCACUGGCACACCCAAGCACAUCUCCCUCAUGCACCCCGCCCUCUGGAAAGCUCCCAGCUGUCAGUGGGUUCGUCCUGUUGGUGAGGAAAGCCAAGAUGUAAGGAAGAGAUCUACUCAUCAAGAACCACACCUCCACCUGCCUAAAAUACUGCCAUUCCGAAGAGCCAGGAUUUUCUUCCUUUCUUCCCUUUCUGCUACUAAUGUUAAUACGUAUGGCUUUUUUCCCUUUGAAAUCUUCCAGUUCCUAAUGGUUCAUUCCAAGGAAAUUCUCCCAUAAGGCUUGGUCAUUGCCGUCGACGUAGGUGUUUCAAGACGGUAAGAAACUGUGGUUGCUGGUUCCCGUCAGCUCGCCAGUCCUCUUCAAGGAGCUGCAACCAGGCAUCGGAACCCUGGAUAGGAUUGGGGACGGCCCUUGAGUUUCUUAGGUCUUCAGUCCUUCUGAUUUUGGCACUCCACGUCAGCAGCCUCUCCCAAAGGACUUGAAGUCAUUUUUAGAUGUUUUGUUUUAUUUUUCUAGCCAAAAAGGUUUUUUUUCCCCAGUAUUUGAAACUCUUCAGAGCCUUUUCAGUAUUUUCAAUGAAUAUUGUGGUACUUCUAUGCUUGUUUUAACCCAGAGCUCAUUCCUCCGAAACAGAGAGCCUUAAUCUCUGUGUUGGCACACAGACCACACAUUUGGAUGGCAGCCAUCACGUCCAUCUCUGAAGGGCUGUGGACUUGAAUGUGUGUUUCUGAUCAUCUCUGCUGCCACACCACCAGUGUGGGAUUUCAUAAGUGAACUGCUACCCUAAGGUAAUCUAUCUACAAUUAAAAUAUAAACAUUUAUUUUUGUUAUAUAAAUUUAUAAGAUGUUUUAUGUUUAAGACCUAAUUUCUAGAAAAUGCCGGAAAAAAUGUAUAUUAACUAUUUUGAUUUUAUGUACAAUGAUUUAUACUCUCAUUUUGAAAAGACACCAUAAAGCACAUAAAGUAGAUAUUUACAAGUAGUUGUUAAUUUUUUUUCUAACCAAGUGUUUAAAACAUUGAAGGUUUUUAAAGACUCAACUUUUCAAAUGGUACUUGGAGCUCCCGGUCAAAAUCAUCUGGCUCACUGGAGAAAUAAGUAGAAUAACCAGAAAUGAUCAUUUUCAGUGGUUUGUGGUGGGCGAUAUUAAAGUAUUUGAAAUGGUCAAAAUGGAAAGAAGAACAAAAUAUGACUAGGGCUGACUGAAUUAUUAACCUCAUGAAACUAUUAUAAUUCCAUUAAGGUUUAGUCACAUUUUAAAGAAAACAGUGAUGAAUUCUGAAAUCCAGUGCUUGCAAAUGCAAAUUGCCUAUUGAGAUUUUUUUUUCCUCCAUUUUACAAAAAUCAGUGGCUGAAAUAACUCUGAUUAAGAGCUCAGCCUGGUCUGAAUUUAAUCAUCUCUUUAGAUCUUAUAAAGCCAACAUUGGGAAGCCUGUUCACUUUUCAUUUUAAAGGGAACCUGGCUGAAGUGCUAUUGUAUGGUGUAGGCUACAGAAAGGGAGCUUGUCCUACACUGAUAAAGGAAAAUAAGAGGCAAUUAUUCCAUACCACUGUGACAUCUGUGACUUUUCAGAUUGAAUAAUCUUGCUGUUUUCACUCGUUAUGACUAAGAAUGCAGUCGGCAGAAUGAAGCCUCCUGAAAUUUGUGAUUUGUAGGGACCAGCUCAAUGGCAUGUUUUUUCCAUCCCUUGCAUUCAGGGUUCAGUGUUGUGACUGCUCUGUGACAUGUUUCUGAAAUUGUAAGGUGAGCUGUGUUGGGUCAAAGUGAUUGGCCGCCAUUAUUUUUCAAUCAGCCUGGUGUCUCCCAUGAAGGCUUCAAGUUGAACAAGUUGAACACACUUAGAAAGCACAACAUCAUUGAUUAGAAUACCCUUGAAUUAGGGAGAAGUUUAUCAGGAAAAUGGGAGGCCCUCGCUCUCUGAAUUCACAUCCUUCAUAAGCGCCAUUUUGCCUGGUGAUUUCGUUGCUGACUGUUAAUGAAUUUGACGUCAUGGGAUUCCUCUAGUACAUGGUGAUAGCUGUGUCACGUUGCACACCUGGCGUUCUGCGUACUGCGGUAACGUCCUCUAUGGGCACCUGCCUACUCAGAAGUUUUAUUCUAUUUCUUUUAAUGUCUUACUUAUUGCCAGGGAAGUGAGUAUGAUCUCUGAAGUCUAAAACCAUUUCUAGAGAGAGAAGCUCCUUAUAAAUAGUUGUAUCAUCUUGAAAUUUCAUUAUCAGAAUUUCCCCCAGAAGUUUUGAAAUAAAGGCUGUGCAAUAUAGCCAUAAAAUAUGCACUGAAAUAGCUCUCUUGAUUUGAGAACCCAUGCUAAGAAUAAGUUGUGCUAUAAAGUGUUAUUAGUGUACUUUAAAAGGAACCGUAAGGCCCUCCAGGACAAAUCCUGAAAGAGUAAGUGAUAGCAUGGUCCAGGAGGGCUGGGGCAGGAGAGUCGGGGUGAACUCCAGGAGGCGGCUCUGCUCCUUAGACCAUUGGGUACUUUACUCAAAUGUGUUUGCUGAUGUAUCGUCACUGUUUUGACCUCAUCAUACAGCAUUUCAUAAAUGUCAUCGCAUGUACUUCGUUCUUUGAAAAUCUGUGCUGGAAUCUUUGAGUUGGACAAAACCCUGUGGCUUCUUUUAAAAAGUUUCGUCUUGAGCUAAAUGCUACACAGUUUAAAUGUAUGAAAGAUAAUUAUCAGAAAAAAGAAUUUACUGUAUCUUUAAAAUUCAACUUUGACAUCCAUAUCAUGAUUCAAUUAUAAUAACCUAGAUUAUGUGAAAUGAUACAAAAAGGUAAAGUUCUAAGAAAACUUUUUUGUCUUAUAAAUCAGAAUUCUAAACAUCUUGCCUAAAAGUAGGAUCUUUGUUUUUAUUCAGAUGUUUUGAAAGUUUAGAAAAGUUUUUUAUCCUACUUGUAUUAUUUCUCAAAUAUAGUCAGCAGGAAAGUGUAACCUGUUUUAUAUGAAAUGUUUGAGGAAAUUUUAAAUUCUAGAAGAAAGUUAUUUAUGCAAAUAUGUUGGCCACAUAUAUUUUUUUCCUGUCCUGCACUGAAUUACAUCAAGUCUAUUAAAGCUUUUAAAAGUACCACUCUCCUUUGUGGGAAAAAAUCCCAUUACUGAUUUAUCUGCCCUCAAAAUCUAAAAGUUAAUUCUAAUUGAGUGCUAAAUUAGCAAUAGGUAGUCAACACAAAGAACUAAAAUCUAACCUCAGUGUGUCACUGUAUCUAUUUCUCAUAUUUGAUUUUCAUUUUUCUAAUUAGAGCAUUUACUUUAACCAGUAACAAACUAUAUAUAUAAUAUUAUAUAUAUGAGAUCUAUAUAUAAUAUUAUGUAUAUGUGUGAUAUAUAUACACAUACAUAUGUACAUGUGGAUAUCUAUAAAGUUGUUCUGGUGCUUAAUUAAUGAGGAUCCAUCCUAUUACGUAUUUUGAAUGUUUAUCCUACUGGUGUGAUGACUAUUUUCAUAAAAGCAGAGUAGAAGCAACAGUUCUCCAAUAGUUUUCAUUUGGUAAUUGCAGGAAAACCUUCUUAAGUUGCCCUCAUUUAAUUUUUCUAAUUAAUACAUUCAUACUUUUAAAUUAUGUCCAUAAUUUUCUUAGCUGAAAAAGAGUGGUAUUUUAAAAUAGUUUUCUUAUCCAUGUGGCUCGCUGCGUCUUCAACCUGACAGGGGAAAAGGUACCCAGGUGUCCUUCUCAGAUAGGUGUUCGAGAAGAGAUUUGUCCAAAAGCACAAGAGCCACGUGAGCCAAGAUGGAGCCACAGCAAGGUGACCCCCACCAGGCAGCAGAAGCAGAGGCCCAGUGUCACGUGGUGGCAUUUUAUUUCACUCUCUUUGGGAACCGCGAGGUUUUCCCACAGACUCGACAGGCAGUGGAGUAGUGUGAUGUGCAAACCAGCGGCUCUGAGAUGAUGACAUGGCUGUAGUCAGAAAGCUUCCGUUCAAGACUGAAGUAGGAUGUUGUAAAUGAGCAAUGGCAUUUUCUUCAGUGCUCCUUGUGAUGGUUUCUCUGAGUCCGUGUGAUCUGAGGAUGCCAUUCUUCUGAAAGUAUUGAUUCUGGUACCCAGCCAACCCAGCUUUGGCAGCUAGAAGCACAGUAGGUACUGAUGGCUAUUUCCUGGAAAUCUUGACAGGCUUAUUGUACUGUGUAAUUGGGAAAGUUCAAGUGUAGUGUUGGUAUUAAUAAGUAACUGAUGUGAAAAAUAGGAACAUGUGUCUAAGAAUAUCAAAUAUGGCUUUUUUUGCAGUGAAUUCUAAAUUUCUUGUCCUUCUAGUAGUAGUUUUUUGCUCUGCGUUGUACCCUUUCUUAAAUACAUUAUUCUUGACAGCGGCAUUAGAUAAGUCGAACACACUUAGAAAGUGUUUGACUUAAAGAGAUCAGUCCAGAAACCAUGAUGAAUUAGAGUCUUCAUCCGGAAUUACCAAAGUAAAUUUAAAAAAUUGUGGUCGGGAAGAGAACAAAUAUUCAUAAGUGGGUUUUGUUUUUCCUACUGCUCAUUUUGAAGUCUGUGUUUACAUCCACUCUCUAAUAUUUACAAAGUAAUUCAUUGUUUUUCCAGGUUCUUAUUUUAUUUAAGAAAUAGUAGUUCAUAUUCCUCUUAAUGUCAGAUGAAACGAGAAAUACAAUUUUUGUUGUGAAGGCAGUUUUUUUAAAGCAUUCAAUUUGGUAAUCAUUUAUCUUAAUACAGUUAGAUUAGAUUUUUCUUUGCUCGCCAUUUAUAUACUAUGGAUUUUUUUUUAAAUGUCUUCUGCUUGGUUUUUAUCUCAGUCACCUUGCAUAAUGGAUUAUAAAGGCUGGUAAUUGUCAUUCCUCAGAUGCCUGUAUGUUAAAUUGACAACAGUAAAAUGUUUUCAUGUUGUUACCUUUCAAAUA